AUGACCCUCAGCGUUCGUCCUCACCACCCCAAAACGACAAGAGAGUGCACAGCUCACAGGAGAGGCCCGUCGCCCAUCAAGACGGCUGCCGCCGCUAAAGACGCAGCCUCUGAGCCUGGGGAGCGCCCAGCUCCCAAGAGACUUCACUUGCCUGCAAAAACGGCCACCGCCGCCACAGACGCGGCCUCCGAGCCUGGGGAGCACCAAGCUCCCAAGAGACUUCCUUCGCCUGCAAAGACGGCCACCGCUGCCAAAGACGCGGCAACUGCCGCCGCCACGGACACAGCUUCCAAGCCUCAGGCUCCUGAAUCCCCACAAGACCGCGCUAACCCCGACGAAGAGGCAAGGCCUCCUCCACCUCAGAACUCCAAGCCUAUGAAGAUCAGCUCGACCCUUCAAAGCCGAUCGUCCACAGAACUGUCAGCAAAGGGCGGAGAGCAGCAGAGUGAAGUAAUGAACUCAAAAAAGAACUACACAGUGCAGGCAGGGGCCUGUAAUCAUACAUACAUAGAUGACAUUCAAAUAAUUAUUUACAUCCCAGUUUUCUUCAUUGGAGUCAUCCUCAAUGCCUUAGCUUUGAGAGUAUUCUGCUGCAAACUGAGUAAAUGGACUGAAACCCGAGUAUAUAUGAUCAAUUUAGCCAUUGCAGACUGCUUAAUUCCCUUUACUUUGCCAUUCAAGCUGAUUUCGAAGAGUACAAAUGUGGACACACUGUGCUUAGUCUUGGAAUCUGCAUACUUUAUUAACCGUUACAUGAGUAUAUUCCUUAUUACCAUCACAGCAGUUGAUCGAUAUAUCACCAUAUGGUAUCCCUUCAAAGCAAAGCAAAUUAGGUCCCCUCAGAAAUCAGCUUUUGUCUGUGGGAUUCUCUGGACCUUAAUGGUAAGUAUUGUAUGGUUAAAUAAAUCGCAGGAGGAACGAGAUCGGCCUGGAUGUUGUUUUAAAAAGACUUCCAGACAACCAUUCAAAACUGUUCUCGCAUCUACUAUUUGGGGAUUUUUUAUACCUUUAACCAUCUUGAGCUUCUGUUCUAUCCAAAUCACAAGGAAACUCACAAAGAAGAAAAAGUCAAACCCACAUGAAGAAAAGCUCAUCCAGAAAUCAAUCAACAUAAUCUCUGCAAAUAUGACUGUGUUUGUAAUAUGCUUUUUACCUAUUAACAUGGCAAACAUAGUUCGGUUCAUAGCUGAUUACAGUAACGCCACCUGCAUUACAGUAAAUCAUAUUGACAUCUUUGUAAAUGCUGCUGGAAUUAUUGCCAAUACUAACUGCUGUUUGGAUGCCAUUUGCUAUUAUUUGGUAAACAAGGAGUUUCAAGAGGCUACCAAGAAAUUAGCACCCAGAUAUUUCUUAUCUUAUAAUAAAAGCUCUGAAAACCAAGAGUCUGAAAUAAUGUAAUAUACAGGUGACCCUUAGAACUGAAU